AUGGGCGGCUUCAUUGACCCCGAGCGACGGCCUCUGCUGCCUACCACGCCGCCCUCCUCAUCAACCGUUGUGGAACCGACCGAAACAGCUCUUUCGAAACAAUCAUCCUCUUGGACAAAUGCAUCGGCCUCUGAGGCCAACAUUGCAGCCGGGAACCCACAUCCCUCACGCUCUGUGGACGAUGAUGUUCUUCCAGAAACGUCGAGUCUUGGACGCACUCUAAGUUGGCAGAGUGCCUACAUUCUAGUCAUUUCUCGAGUUAUUGGCAGCGGUAUCUUCGCCACUCCCGGUACCAUUCUCCGUUCGGUGGGCAGCCCAGGUCUGUCUUUGCUUUUAUGGGUUGUUGGGGCCUUUAUCGCUGCCUGUGGUCUGAUGAUAUCGCUUGAGUUCGGGUCGAUGCUACCAAGAUCAGGGGGAGAUAAAGUCUACCUCGAGUUUACCUACCGCCGUCCCCGGUUUUUAGCAUCGACACUCAUUGCAAUCCACGUUGUGCUUCUUGGAUUUACUGCUAGCAAUUGCAUCGUGUUUAGCGAGUAUUUGUUGUUUGCUAUUGGGGGAGACAGCCCUAGCAACUCACUCAGAAAGGGGCUUGCCGCAGGACUUCUCACUGCCGUUACCCUUGUCCACGGCUGCCUUCCCCGCUUCGGCGUCAAGCUCCAAAACUUUCUGGGAUGGAUCAAAGUUGGCUUGGUGGCCUUCAUGAUCCUCUGUGGCUUCUACGUUGUGCUAUUCCAGCCCUCAACAGAGUCCGCUCAGGCGACUGCGCCAACCAUCAGCUGGGAGAACUUGUGGCAGGGAACCAACUGGAAUUGGGGAAUCAUUUCGACAUCCCUUUUCAAGGUUUUUUACUCAUACGCUGGUCUCGACAACGCCAAUCUUGUUCUCAAUGAGGUAAAAGAUCCUGUUCGGACGCUGCGGUCUGUCACUAUGGCUGCGCUGGCAACCGCCUGCGGCAUGUACCUGCUCAUCAACGUGGCGUAUUUCCUCGUCGUCCCCAUCCAAGACAUCAAACAGAGCGGGGAGCUUAUAGCGGCUUUGUUCUUUGAACGUGUGUUUGGUCAGGGUGUUGGUCGAACAAUACUACCACUUGCUGUGGCGCUGAGUGCGGGGGGAAACGUGCUUGUUGUCGCUUUUGCUCAGGCUCGUGUCAAACAGGAAAUCGCAAGACAAGGCUUUCUCCCAUUUUCCAAAACAUUGUCUUCCACAAGACCAUUCAACUCGCCGCUCGGAGGCCUGCUUGUUCAUUACAUUCCUUCGUUUCUAGUCAUUGUACUUCCUCCUACGAGUGAAGUCUACUCAUUCAUCCUGGAGGUUGAAGGGUACCCGGGGCAGUUUGUGGCGCUGGCCGUGGGUACUGGUCUGUUGUGGCUGCGCUUCAAGCAGCCUGAUUUGAAGAGGCCAUUCAAAGCAUGGCUUCCUGCUGUCGUCUUGAGAAUCUGCUUGAGCUUUAGUCUCCUCGCGGCCCCUUUCUUUCCACCAAACACGAAACCAACCAGCGGGCUGUUUUAUGCAACUUACGCUAUUGUCGGUGUCAGCAUCUUUGCCAUCGGCGUGAUCUACUGGUGCAUCUGGACAGUGGCUAUUCCGAAAUGUCGAGGCUACAGGAUUGAAGAACAGGAAGAGGUUUUAAAGGAUGGCACAACCAUCACGAAGCUAGUACACACUCCUGUGGACUGA